GCUCGGUUAACGUAAACCCUGCUCCUGCCUCCCCGCCUUCCACCUCCCGUCGCUCAUGGAGUCCGUCGCGAUCGCCACCACCCUCCAGCUCCCCUUCUCCACCACCUCGCUCCGCCGCCGCCGCCGCGCCGCCUUCCUCCCCGUCGCCGCCUCCAGGCGCCACGACGACGAGGAGGAGGUGGCGAACGGCACCGGCUCGGGCUCCCGGCGCGAGCCCACAAGCCUCGCGCCGUACGGGCUCUCCAAGGACGCGGCCAUGGGACUGGUGCUCAGCGCCGCCACGGGGAGCGGCUGGACGACGGGAUCGGGGAUGGAAGGACCGCCAAAGGCCAGCAAGGCCAGUGGGGCAGAACGGCCGGAGGUGUCGACGCUCCCGUGGUCGCUCUUCACAAAGUCCCCGCGACGGCGGAUGCGGGUGGCCUUCACCUGCAACGUGUGCGGGCAGCGUACAACUAGGGCCAUCAAUCCUCAUGCCUACACCGAUGGAACUGUGUUUGUUCAGUGCUGCGGUUGCAAUGUAUUCCAUACGUUGGUUGACAACCUGAACCUAUUCCAUGAGAUGAAGUGCUACGUCGGUCCAGACUUCCGCUACGAAGGGGAUGCUCCAUUCAACUAUCUUGACAAUAACGAGGACAGCGACAAUAUCUUCCCAGCUCUCUAAGAAAGCCCUUAUGUCUCAGUACAUGAUGUUGUUCUAAUUUGCUCGUGUAGCUGUAUGUAAUAAGCAGAUUUACCUUCGUGAACUUCUGAAAUUAUACAGAUGUAUAUAAUUGUAUUUAGUGCACACCUCGUGGUGCAAACUUUAUAUAGGUAGGGGAUAAAUGGAAGACUUGCAAGUUUAUACUACA